AUGAAUCAACAUCAGAAAAUCAAUGAUCUUAUAGAAACGGGUCGUGUGAGAAAGAAAAGGCGAUUGCAUUUACAGCGGACAAGUUAUAAAUAUCGUAUUGGGUUAGCUAAGAAAGAUGUAGAAAGAUUAACUGAAGCUGCUGACCACUGUUUAACUGAAGAAGAAAAUAUUGAAUUUGAAUGUAAUGAAUCUAUUAUUACUUCACAUAGCAAUGCAAAUCGACUAAAUACUGCUAUUACGACACACGAUGAUCAAUAUUCAUCAAGUCAAAAUCUACAUGAUGCAUCAAAUAUUGAAGAACAAAUCUUAACAUCAAAUCGUCAUUCAAGUAAUUCAAGCAUCGAUAAUAGUGAAACAGAUGAAUCGUUUAAUAUUGAAAUCGAAGACGAUGAUAAUAAUGGUAAAGAAGAUGAUUCAGAAUCAAUACAAAAUCCUACAAUUGUACUUCAUCGUAGCACAAAUGUCUUACUUGACGAUGCUUGCUUCGAUUUUUUACAACUUAUUCGUCGAUCCCAAAUAAGUAAGACAAAUGCAAAUAGGUGGUUAUUGUUCAUCAAAAGUCUUCUGCCUUUUCCGAACUCAAUUCCGUCAAAUAUAAAUGGUUUAUUAACUCACUUGAAUAUUUUCAAUUAUUUUCAAAAAAGAACUGUUUGUCUUUUAUGCCGAAGAAAUCUACAAGACAAUCAAACAAAGUGUGAUGAUUGUUCAAUAGCUGAUAAAACAAAUAUUGCUUAUGUUCUUGAUACUGAUGUAUUAUCUCUUUUAAAAACGACCGUUUCUCGAUUAGCGAAUGAAAUUCAAAAAUAUAAAGAUUAUUUUUUACAUUUUUCACAGAAUGAAGCCUAUGAUAUUCCAUUUGCUAAACGAUACAAAAACCUUGUAGUUCAAUAUCCAGGGGAAAAUCUUUUAUCUUUAAUUUUGCAUAUAGAUGGAAUAAGUCUCGUCAAAUCAACAAAGCUUAAACUAUGGUUAUGUAGUGCAUCUAUAGUCGAACUUCCACCGAACCUUCGAGUUCGACGAAAAAAUAUUAUUUUAUUAUCUAUGUACAUUGGAUAUACUGAACCAGAUAUUAUUCUAUGGCUUCAAUCAAAUUUACAAAUAAAUACACCAACAACACCAUUUCGUUUGAUUUUAUACGGGAUCAUUGGUGAUUGUCCCGCCAUGAAACUAAUCUUAAACAUGGUGGGUCAUACUGGAUAUUACUGCUGUUUUUAUUGUUUUAUUAAGGGUAUUCAUUCCAAAGAAGCUCGUAAACGACAAUACCCAUAUUCAUCACAAACACAACAAAGAACAACUAAUUCAUUUAUAACAAAUGGUAAACUUGCUGAAGAAAAUAAUUCCAACGUUUUUGGUCAUCUUGGUAAUUCUAUUUUACAAGGAAUCAUCGAUGUUCCACUUCCAUUUUCGAUAUUAAUUGAUUAUGCCCACGUGACACUGCUACGUCAUUUUCGUGGUGUCAUUCAAAAAAUUUCUUCAUCUCUAGCUCCUUCUGUUCGACAACAAAUUGAUGUAAAUUUACGUUCUCAAGCCUUUCCACAUAUAUUCAAUAGAAAACUCCGUGGUAUUGAAGAACUUUCAUUUAUAAAAGCUGUCGAGUUAAAAAAUUUACUUUUAUAUGCAUUUAUUCCUAAUUUUAUUGAUCAUUUAACAACCAAUCAAAUUGGCUUCUUAUCUUUAUUGGUAUUGGGUAUUCGAUUAAUUCAUGCGGAUAAAAUCUUUGGUGACAAUACAAGUUUACUAGCACAUGAAUUGCUUACCACUUAUUAUCGUGAUAACACUCAAUAUUUCCAUAAUCAUGUGAAUUUCGUUUUACAUUUGCAUGAACAUCUGGCUAGUUUAUAUGAUCAACAUGGCCCAUUAUCAAGUAUUAAUACAUUAGCUUUUGAAGAUUUUAUUGGAUAUGUUUCGAAAAAUCGAAAUGGUACUGUUUUUCAACAUGAUUUAUUGGCUUAUUAUUUUAAUAUCGACGUUCAUUUACGAAAUUCUAUGCAAGAAAAACAUUUGACAUCUGAUGGUCUGUUUGAUCUAUUUGUACUUAGCUCAAAGGAUAGUUCAUUUAAUGCAUUAGUUAAUUAUCAUGCAAAAAAGUGUUUAUGUAAUGUUAUGAUUAACUGUGUCAAAUAUUACCGUCGAUGCAUAAUAACAAAUAGUAUGGCUUAUUUUGACAACAAUACAUCAACACGUAAACAUCGAUCAACACAAAACAAAAUACCAGCUCGCUAUAUCUUGACACCAACUCCACCAUCAAGAAGAAACCAAAAUCCUAAUAAUGAAAAUAUUGAUCCGUAUUCAAGAAAGUUCACCACGCAAAAUGGUGAACAAUCAAACAAAAAAGUUAAAUUUCGUUCGGAUCUGUCUUUAUCAUCAAACAAAAGAAUUCGAAUUGCUUCCGAAGAUCCAGAAUCACAACAUUGUACUCAGGAACAAUUCGGGACAUACCGUCGUCGUUCACGUAGUAGAGCUAAAAGUUCGAAUAAAAAAUGUAGUUUAUUUGCAUCAAAUGUAACAUCGAAUUCGAAUAUUCUUGAUGUUGAUGACGAACGACAUGUUGAAAUUAUUAGUGAAAGUGAACACGACGAUUUUGAUGACAAUGAUGAACAUGACGACGAUGGCGACGAAGAAGAACAUAUUCAACAUAUGUUGAAUGAAGAACGAAAUGAGGAAGUUGAGAAUGAUAAUGACGAUGGGAAUUACCACGUCAAUCAACCACGACAAGUGCCUAAUGAUGCAAAUAUUUCAAAAAAAAAGACUUAUCGAACAAAUGAACACCAAACGAAGAAUUUUCAAUUCGAAUUUGGUCAAUUACGUACAGAUUUAGCCGAUGCUAUUUCAAAAUUAGUUAAUCGCGUUGAAACUCAUCAAGACAAAAUCGAAAAACAAUUCAAGAAUUUGUCGAAAAAAAUAAAUCAAACAACAGUCGAUUCUAGCUUAGAAAUGUAUCGUCGUGAUGGUGAAACAUUUUCUCGAACGCCCAGGUCGUGGACGUACGGCGGGAAGCGGCCGGAAAGCACAGGAAAGCGCUGGAAACUGGAAGCAGUAUUCCAGUUGGAAGUUACCGGAUUUUCUUCCUGUAGAU